AUGUAUCAAGCCUCGCUUUAUCACCGCGCCAGCGAUUUUCAGCGACGUGAUUCGGAGAAGAUUUUUAAGGAAUAUAAGAAAAUUAUGAAAUGGCGCGCAGAUGGGCGUGACACACUCAUCGAUAUCGGUUCGGGUCCUGGCAAUGUGCUUAUGAAAUCAAUUUAUCCAAUGCUGCCGGCGAAAUUCAAUGCUGUUUUGGCCACAGAUAUUUCCGAGCGUAUGAUCGAUUACGCGCGCAAGAAGUAUGGUGGCGUUGAACGCGCCAACUUCGAAGUGUUAGAUAUAGCUUCUGCGCAGCUGCCACAACACCUGUGCGGGCAAUUUGAUCACCUCACCUCAUUCUUUUGCCUGAAUUGGGUGCAAAAUCAAAGACGCGCCUUGCAGAAUAUCUAUCAAUUGCUGCGUCGUAGUGGCGGUGACUGUCUACUCGUUUUCGUCGCGAAUCAUCCCUUCUAUGAAAUGUUUAUGGAACUCUCAAAAUCAGAAAAAUGGGGUAGCUAUAUGGCGGAUGCUAUGCAAUAUAUUUCACCGUUAUAUAACAGUGAAGAUCCAGUGGCUGACUAUAACAAAUUGUUGCUUGAAAAUGGUUUUGUGGACUGUAAUGUGGAGGUACGCAAUGAGACCUUUGUCUUUGAGGGCGCGCAAAAUUUUAAAGAUAAUUUGAAAGCUAUUACGCCUUUUUUAUCACGUAUACCGGAAGGUCAACAUGAGGAAUUUCUGGAUGAUCUGGUCCAAGUUCUACUUAAGAUGAAAGUGUGUAACGGCCAAAUCAGCGAACCGGAUUUCAAAUGCACUACACUGUAUAAAUUAGUUGUUGUUUAUGCAAGGAAAUGCAGCGAGCUGUGAAUAUAUUUUAUGGCAGUUUUUAAGUCUUCUGAAGACUUUUUAGUUACUCAAUUUUUAAGUUUGGACCAUCAACUUUUGAAAUUAU